AUGGCGCAAACGAGUCCAUCUCCUACGGAGCCACCGCCCACAUCGGGUCAUCACUCCACCAGCUUCUUGCGCAAGCUCUUCGGACGAAACAAUGCGGCUCCGGCACCCGUCGGCCCGCUUCAGGCCAAGGAGCCCGAGCCCGAACCUGGGCACGAGCCCGACCCGGACGACCCGCAAAGUACAGGCCUGGUGCGCCGAGUCUCUAGGAAAGUCGUGCCCGGACUUCCGCGAGUACAGACCUUCAAACGUCAGCAGUCAGAGCGCAGGAACAACCUCGCACCAGUUGAGCCUUCUCCAGCAGAGAGGCGUGCUUUAUCGGUGGACAGGCGCGUGCAGUCGCCACGCACGGCGUCGCAGGCCCAGUCGUUUCCCCGAGCUAGCGCACCGGACUUCCUCGAAAAUACCUACGAAAUUCAGUCUGCCUCUUCUGCCCCGGCCAGCCCAGUCGAGGAAAAGGCCGAAGCCAGCUUGAAUCAGAUGGUCGCCCCAGUAUCAGCGCCCACCUUCGACGAUUCUCAUGUGCACGAACUGCAGUCAAAUUCCGAUGCGCACUCAGUAACAACAUCACAAUCGCAGUACGAGGCUAUGAUUCACGAUGAGCUUGAAACCACUUGGAUUCUUAACCUCAGCAUGCAUUUCCGCGACAAGUCCAAGAGGGAAAAGUUCUUUGUGACGUACCGAGAAACUCCGACCCUCUGGCGCCGGGUGACCAUUUCCCUCGAUUAUCGCAAUGCCCCGGACAACUCUCUUGAACUGGAUUUGAUGCACACAAAGUCUCAACGCGACAAGAGCUCAAAGAUCUACGAAGCCAUCAGAGAUAGUCUUCAAGACAUCCAGUUUUAUCACUCUGUUACCAACUUGAAACUACAGACCACCGAUGGCCGACUACAUGUCCAUGUCGUUGAGGAUGUAAACGAAAUCAUUCAAUACCCCACCGUUCGCCAAGUGCAACACCUGGGUUGCCGGAGGAUCAGGGAAAGAGACAUUGACUUUGACUCUCACAUGUCUGGUUUUGUAUACAAGGUUCGCGUCGGCGGCGACGUUCUCAUCAAAAAAGAGAUUCCAGGCCCCGACACGAUCGAUGAGUUUCUUUACGAGAUCAAUGCCUUGAACCGGCUUCGGUAUUCGAGAAACAUUAUCCGAUUUCACGGCGUCGUCGUCGACGAUGAUGACGAGUACGUCAAAGGAUUGCUCAUCAGCUACGCCGUCCACGGUGCUCUCAUCGACGUCAUCUAUGAUAAUCAACAGGAGUCCGAGUUGGGUCUGCCGUGGCCGGUCCGAGAGAAAUGGGCGCGUCAGAUCGUACAGGGACUGGCGGACAUUCACGAAUCCGGCUUCGUACAGGGUGACUUCACCCUUUCGAACAUCGUAAUUGACGACGAAGACAACGCCAAGAUUAUCGAUAUCAACAGGCGAGGCUGCCCGGUGGGCUGGGAGCCUCCCGAGGCAACGCCACUUAUCGAGAGCAACCAGCGUAUCUCCAUGUACAUUGGUGUCAAGUCCGACCUCUAUCAGCUCGGCAUGGUUUUGUGGGCGUUGGCAGCGCAAGAUGACGAACCAGAGGCCCAGGGACGGCCCUUACAGCUCACAGAGGAGCACAUCGUGCCAGCUUGGUACCGGGAGAUGGUGGACAUAUGCCUAAGCGAUGAUCCCAGACUGCGGCUGCAGGCUUCGUCGCUCAUGGCUUUAUUUCCCGAGCCAGCGGUUGGUGACGAUGCUGCUCCCCCGUCUAUCUCCGUGGACGACGGCUACACCAUGCAGGAGUACUUUGUGGAGGGCUACCAGGGCAAUGGCCACGCGCGAGUCAAGACUGCCGAGCCGGCCCAUGACUGGUCAUACGUCAAUCUAGGCCAUACCUACGCCGAUCCGACGAGAGGCUUUUCUCAAGACCCGUACUACUACACGAGGGGGCGAUCCCCUCCAAGCCCGCUUCCGAGUCAUUACGGGCGCUGCGAUUCGCCUCACAUGGGCCGCAACAUCUCGAGCUGGGCGGAGGCUAGGAACAUUGCACCGUCGUACAGCGACGUUGGAGGAGACGAGAUAGAUGAUCACAAGAGCACAACACCGACGACCAGCAAGGACUCCAUCGCAACACCUGAGCUGACGGACGAGACGAGCAGGUCGAUGCAACAGAGGCUGGAGGAGCUACAGUGGACACCCCUUUCGAACGACUUUGCAGCAAUAGAUCGGGCUGAACUCGACCAGACGCCAGGGCAAGUGGAUAAGAGACUCGCUGGAGAGGAGCUUUCCAGGGUCGUCUCCGGGACGGAGCUAACGGAACCGCAUGCUUUCGUCGAUCCCAUCGCAUCACGGCCAUCCAUGGCAAGCCCUCUCACAGUCAAGAAUGUCGAUAUAGAAGGGGAUAACGCAGGGGGGGACAUCAUGGAAGAGGCAGGCCAAGUUGGGAAUGGCCAGUACGCGGAGCCGGACGCAAAAGAAACAGCAGGGCAAACAGUGCCCCUUGUAACGGGGAAAACAGAACCCAAAAACCAACUGAACAGCAACGACAUCUCGAGCGAGUCGGGAAACAUCGCGGUUGCAACACAACUUAUGGAGCACGAAGAUCGGGCUACAACGCCAUCCACCAAAUAUACCACUACAGCAAACCCAACUGCUGCCGAGUUUGAGGCCGAGAACGAGUCGGUAGAUGUUGCCGAACAACAGAUCCUGCCCGCACUCGACGCAAAAAUUCCGUCCAAGGAUGAUACCACGCCUAAGACUGAUACAGAUGACAAGACAGCAGCACCGUCUUCCCCAGUGGCAGGAAAUCCAGAACUCAAUGGCGUGGGCGCGGCAUACCUUGACACGGACGAACAGAAGAUGCGGGAGAAGGAAUCUCUUGACGACGACUUUUCCUCAAACACGGUGGCACUGGCAGCACCAACGGCAACGAUGAUGACAGCUGUCGAGAAAUGA